UUCUCUCAGAGCACGUUUCUGAGCGCAUUUCUGAGCUGGGGUCGGUCUGGGCGGCAUAGGGGUACUAGAGCAGUGGCGGUCAAGUACCGUCAUUUGCUCAGGUCCUCCUUGAAACCUUGACGAUACGAGCACGUCCAGGAAUCCUCGAUGCCCUAGUCGCACGGGGGACAGAGGGAGGUGGAGGAGGAGGAGGAGGAGGAGGAGGAGGAGGCUGAGGAGGAAGAGGAGACUUCGGACGCAGCCAGCUUCAGGCUUGCGCCAUAAAAAGGCCGCCAGCGUCUGCCCAGGCAAAUGCUAUGGCAGAAGAGUUUCGACAUCUCUUGCUUGCUCUCCACGCGGGAACGAAUGGCGAAGCCUGUGGUGAAGCGCUCCUCUGGCACAACACUGCGCUGGACUGGACAACGAGCCCGUGGCUCAGUUGUCACUGCCCGCGCGAGCUGCACUGCAAUGGAUACCAAGCCUGUGGCGCGGAUGCGCGGACAGCUGGAAAGACCAGAAUUGGAGGGGGCACGGAGGCGGGGGAGGAGAAAGGACGAGGGACAACCAGGACCGCACCUAGCGUUCCCUGUUCACGUUUGCACACCCACGUCUCAGAUCGUAAACAGGCCGGUGGUGAUAACCGCAAUUGGCAGCCCCCAGGGAGCCACGAGGUGCCGACUGGACGCGCGCGUAGAAGCCUCCUAGAUGGAGUCUGACUAGCGGGGGCAAUGGGAGGCGGGGCGCCCAGGCCCACAGAUAUAACAACCUUCGGCGCCGGACCCGUGCGCAAGGGGGGGCGAGGGCGAGAGCCUCGUCGCCCCGCGCGCCGAAGAAAGAAGGGCGCCCAGAGGUCUGGGCGGCUGCAUCGCCCACACGCAGCAAGAGCGGCCUGCUGCGAGGGUGGCCUGCAGUGCGAGACGCUAUGGGGCCGCGGGGGGGGGGAGGGGCAGAUCCACGCGCGCAGUCUGAAGAGUAGAAGCAGGAAAGAGCUGGAAAAGCGGCGGGCCGAACCCCGCAGUUCGAAGUGAAUUUCACCAAUGCCUGCGCCAUCACGACGCAGAAUUCGCUGCGCUGCCACUGUCAGGCGUUACUGAAACUCCGUUCAGCCCAGUGUAGUCGUUGGUCAACAACUCCGGGUAAGACGGCUGGCAGUGACUAUACUGUCCCAUCUUGUGGCCUCCCAGCCCGGCACUGCAAGUCACGAUCAGCAUGAGUCCCCAGAGAGGGACCACCACCGCUUCGGACGGAGAAGCCCCCGCCUAGCCUCCGGAUGGACAGCACAAAGAAGAGCUGAUGCCUGGGCACGGCCUCGGGGCCCCUCGACUUCGGGAGCGGCCAAGAGGGGGGUGUCCAAGAGGGGUGUGUGCAAAUCAUGACCGGCAGCAUGUGCGCGGCCCAGCGGGGGGGCCAGGGACGUAAUG